AGCCUCUGCACGCGCUGGUGCUGAAUGACCUGAGAAGGUCUCCGGCCUUGUGAGAGAAUUUUCACGGUGAGCGUGGCGGUGAACUUUACCGGGCUGUCGUGACCGCUGAACACAGCAGUGCUGCGAUGUUUAAGUGCAAAACAGUAUGGAAUAAACUGGCUCCGCUGGCUCGGGUCUCAUCUACUCUGUGUGUGCAGAAUGCGAGGAGAUCAGUGCUGAGACAUGAGAGAAGGCUGGAUAUGGUUCAGAGGGCCAAGAUGUCAUCAGGGGCAACAGGAGGGGGCAGUGAAAAUACUCUUUAUUAUGUGCUGGUUGGAGCAACAUGUCUGGGUGCUGGAGUUUAUGUUUACCGUACUGUCUCAGGGGACAAGGAAAGGUAUAAUGAGCGUAUGAUGGAAAUUGCCAGCAGAACAAAACAAGAGCCUCCAUCAUCUGAGGCUGUAGAAGAUAGUCAUACAUGUUUGGAGCAAAAUGAGGAUGCUGCAGCACCUGUGGAAACUGUCACUGAAGCAUCUUCAGAGCUAGCUGAGAGUGAGCCUGUUGCAGAAGCUCCCAAAACAGAACUUGAAGAACCUCCCGUAACAGAGCUUAUUGUGGAGUCCGCUGUAUCUGAACCUGUUGUAGAAGCCCCCAUACCUGAGCCCAUCACUGAAGUCCCCAUAAUGGACCCUGUUGUUGACGCUUCUGUACCAGAAACUACCAUUGAAGUCCCUAUAACAGAAGCCCUUGUAACAGAUCCUGUUGUUGAAACCCCUGAAACAGAACCUGCCAUGGAUGCUCCCGUAAUUGAACCCAUUGUUGAAGCUCCUGAAACGGAACCAAUUGUGAAAGCUCCCAUAAGAGAACCUGUCAUAGAAGCUUCCAUAACGGAAUCAGUCACAGAAACGCGAGAAGUUAUACAGAAUGAAGAGCCCUUAGCUCCUGUAGUUGAGAGUGAGCCCACACCUGUAACCAUCGCUGAGCAUGUGCCAGAGGCGCCACCUGUUUCUGAGCUUGUGGCAGCUCCUGAGCCUGCUGCUGCUGCUGCUGCUGUGCCUGAACAUGCCCCCUACCUGCUGAUUGGUGGGGGCACUGCCUCAUUCGCUGCAGCUAGGUCCAUUCGUGCACGAGACCCUGGUGCCAGGGUGCUGAUAAUUACGGAGGAGUCUGACCUGCCCUACAUGAGACCUCCACUCUCUAAAGAACUCUGGUUCUCCGAUGACCCCCAGGUUGCAGAAACACUGCGUUUCAAACAAUGGAAUGGCAAAGAGAGAAGUGUUUACUUCCAGCCUCCCUCAUUCUACGUCAGUCCCACGGAUCUUACUAAAGUGGAGAAUGGGGGUGUGGCUGUGCUCACAGGUUGUAAGGUGGUUCACAUGGAUGUCAGAGAAAAUAAAGUCAGACUGAGUGAUGGUGCAGAGAUCUCCUAUGAAAAGUGCUUGAUUGCCACAGGUGGGGUGCCUAGGAAUCUCCAAGUGAUCGAAAGGGCAGGAGAAGAGGUGAUGAGGAGGACAACGCUCUUUAGGAAAAUUGAAGAUUUUAGAUCUCUAGAGAAGAUCUCCAGAGAGGUGAAGUCCAUAACCAUCAUUGGUGGUGGGUUUCUGGGCAGCGAGCUGGCAUGUGCCAUUGGUCGCAGAUCCACUGACCUUGGUUUAGAGGUGAUCCAGAUGUUUCCAGAGAAGGGGAACAUGGGAAAAGUUCUGCCUGAAUACUUGAGUAAUUGGACCACUGAGAAAGUCAGGAGAGAGGGUGCAAAUGUUAUUACGGAUGCUCUAGUGAAAAAUGUGAGCUACAAAAAUGGCAAAUUGGAGAUCAAAUUGAAGGAUGGACGACUGGUGAAGACAGACCACAUUGUGGCAGCAGUCGGUUUGGAACCUAGUACUGAACUGGCUAAAUCAGGUGGGCUAGAGGUGGACUCAGAUUUCGGAGGGUACCGGGUUAAUGCAGAGCUCCAGGCUCGAUCCAAUAUCUGGGUGGCAGGAGAUGCUGCAUGUUUCUAUGACAUAAGGCUGGGCCGCAGGCGUGUGGAACAUCAUGAUCAUGCAGUGGUCAGCGGAAGACUGGCCGGAGAGAACAUGACCGGAGCCAGCAAACCAUAUUGGCAUCAGUCCAUGUUCUGGAGUGAUUUGGGGCCAGAUGUAGGGUAUGAAGCCAUCGGUAUAGUCGACAGCAGUUUGCCCACUGUAGGAGUGUUUGCUAAAGCCACCGCCAAGGACACACCAAAAUCUGCAACAGAACAAUCAGGGACUGGAAUCCGCUCUGAGAGUGAGACGGAGGCAGUUGCCGGGGCGGUAGAGGCAGGAACAGUGUCACCUCCCACUGCUGUCCAGCAGGAGGAGGAUUAUGGAAAAGGGGUGAUAUUCUACCUGAGGGACAAAGUGGUGAUCGGUAUCGUCCUGUGGAAUGUCUUCAACAGAAUGCCCAUCGCGAGGAAGAUAAUCAAAGAUGGAGAGGAGCAUGCCGAUCUGAAUGAGGUAGCCAAGCUUUUCAACAUCCAUGAAGACUGAACAAUCUCUCUCUCAUUUUCUCUGCCCUCUGUCAAGGACACUCUGCCCACAUCUAUGUGGAGUGAAAUUGGCACACACACACACACACACACACACAGAUCCUGGAAUCUGCCAUUCUGGCCUUGAACUCUCUGAGACCAGGACAUGCAGUACUGCCUCAGGGCCACAAACUGACGCUGUGGGUUCAUUGUGCCCUUGGACUUAAUAAAACGGUACUGUCCAACUUCUUUUAAGGGAAAUUUAUACCUGUUGUUUGUAUUUAAAGAUUUUUUCUGUUGUGGUCUUCCUGAAGGCAGCCCAGAACACACCCUCCAAAUCCCCAAAACCAGACCGGGAUCUCCACUUUCAUUCAAUAUUGUAAUAAAGUUGCAUAUGAUAGAAAUCCAAAUCGGAUAAACUUAUUUCUGACACCUGGUUGCACAAUAUUUUUGUCUGCAAGGUCAAAUCCACUCAAAUGAAAACAUAAAUAAAAGUAAAUUAUUUUUAAGGAUGUCUCCAGAUUGAUUUCAAUCCAGUUUCUGAACGAUUGCCACCUAACGACAACAACAUGCAGUAUUCUGAUAGCUUGAGCAUUCCAGAGGUCGGAGGAACUUACCAACCCUCUGCAAGUGCAAGACCUGAGCAAGUGUGUGUGAAUGCUUACAUGCCCGCUAUGGGUGUCACUGAGAAUUUUGAGAUUUGUAAUGAAGAUGCAAUAUGCUCAUUACACCUGUGAUUGCCUGCAAACAUGGACAUGACCUAUUUCUUUAUGCUCCAGUGCUUUGAUUUACAGGCCUGAGUAAGAGAAAAUUACUCAUUGUGUGACGUUGUUCUAAUCUCAAGUCACUGAUAGCUGUGGAAAAAAAA